UAGCCUGGCGGAUCAAUUUCAGUGGUGCAAUUUCUGUAUAAGUUACAACAGAGUUAACACUUCUGCUACGCAUUCAGGCUUUGUUAAAAAUACACAACGUCGAAAUGUGGAAAUAUAUUGUAACUAAUUCACUUUUCUGGAUGUUGCAUACAAUCCGAGCUAAUUCCUUCUCAUUCUCCCCCUAUUAUGCUAACCACAUGGUAUUACAGAGAGGAGCCAAAGGGGCGUCAAUCUGGGGACAUUCAACUGUACAUGGAGAUAAAGUACAGCUUUACGUCAACAACAUCCUUUCUGGUAGUACUACUGUUGAUUCUAAUGGAAUAUGGCAAUCAAAAGUGGUCGAUCCCGGAAGUAAUAAAGCCACUGUAAUAACGGCAUCAUCCAGCGUGGGGAAUAUUACUCUUAAUGAUGUUCUGUUUGGAGAUGUGUGGCUGUGCUCAGGACAAAGUAACAUGGAAUUUAAUGUUAACGGGCUCGCGAAUAGCAGCGAGGAAAUAAGUGAUGCAAGUAAUUACCCGAAUAUAAGAUUGUUCCAUGUUGGACAUCAUACAACACUAACAGCAGAUGGAGACCUAAACAGUAUCGCAAAACCAUGGGCCAAACCAAAUAUUGCCUCAUUACCAAGUUUUUCUGCAGUAUGCUGGUUGUAUGGUAAAUAUCUAUCGUCACACAUCAACCGACCAAUAGGAUUGGUGGAAUCUAACUGGGGAGGAACUAGAAUUGAAGCCUGGUCGUCACCGGAUGCAUUAAAGUCAUGCGCAAAUACUGGGAGGAAACGACGGGCAGUUAAUCCAAACGCAGAGUCUGUCUUGUGGAAUGGUAUGAUCAACCCACUACUAAGGAAUACUAUCUAUGGAGCUAUUUGGUAUCAAGGAGAAUCAAAUGCAGGCAAUUCUGAUGGCUACAAAUGCAUGUUUCCCGCCAUGAUUGAUGACUGGAGAAGUAAAUUUUAUGCAAAUUCACUCCAUACAACUGAUCCAAAAUUUCCUUUUGGAUUUGUUCAAUUGGCAGCUUGGCGACCAUCUGCGGCUAAUUCUGGAUUCCCGGAUUUACGAUGGUCUCAGACGGCAAAUAACGGCCAAGUCCCGAAUGCGAGACUUCAGAACGUGUUUAUGGCUGUGUCGAUGGAUUUACCCGAUUUUUCCUCUCCUUAUGGCAGCAUCCAUCCGCGACUCAAACAUGACAUUGCUGCAAGGCUAGUGUUGUCUGCGUUAGCAGUAGCUUAUAAAGAAACAGGUGUUAGCUUCCAAGGUCCAUAUCCCACCAGAUUUACGUCACAUCAUAAUACCAACACAAUCAUUAUAGAGUAUGAUCAUGGUACUUCACCACUUGACAUAAGGUCCAGUGACAACUUCGAGAUAUGCUGUACAACAACGAACCACGUAUGUGUGAAAUAUGAUAAAGGCUGGAUAUCUGCGCCAAUGAAAAGUCAUGACACAUCUUCUGUUACGAUAAAUACUUCCGGUUGUCAGCUUGGACAACAUUAUAUAGGAGGAGUUAGAUAUGCGUGGAAAGAAAGUCCGUGUCCAAUGAAACAAUGCGCCGUCUAUGGAGCAGACAAUGGAUUACCUGGACCACCAUUCACUUAUUCAGCACAUUUGUAAAUGAAGUAUUGGAAAGCAUACAAUAAAAUGGGUAAACUUCGGA